UAUAUCUUUGUUUUAUAUACUAAAGAGCAAUUGAAUUAAUCUCUAAAUCAUUCACCACCUAGAAACAGAUUCCUCCCACAAUUUUCUCAAAAUUUUCCAUUACCCAUCUGCAAAAAUGGCCACCAUCACAUCCACCAAAUUGGCAACAAUCUUGCCAGCUGCAAGCUUCAAGGGAGCAUCCAAGGUUCACUCAACUCAUGUUCUUGGGUUGCCUGCAAUGAGAAGAGGAGGGUGUAAGGUUAGGUGCAGCAUGGAGGAGAAGGGAGAGGGAAAAAGCAAGGUUGGGUCGGUGAUGGCAUUGGCAGCAACAGCAGCAGCAAUGGUGGCAAGUACAGGUCCAGCCAUGGCGUUGGUAGAUGAAAGAAUGAGCACAGAAGGGACUGGACUUCCAUUUGGCUUAAGCAACAACCUUCUUGGAUGGAUACUUCUUGGUGUGUUUGGUUUGAUUUGGUCCUUCUAUACUGUCUACACUUCAUCACUUGAAGAAGAUGAUGAUUCUGCUUUGUCCCUUUAAUUUUAAAAUGUAGAAUAUAAGUUGAAAAUUAGAUGGGCAUAAUUAAAACUGCCUCUCUCUAUGAAUGCUCUGUUAAUUUUCUCAAUUGCAAAAUUAAUUAUUAUUGUGCUAUUAUUAUCAUCAA